UUCAGACAAGUGAAGAGAGCUCUCUCUCUCGAAGAAGAAGAAUACGAUGAUUACAAGCAGCAAUAUAAUCUCCUGCAACUUCUCUCUCCCACUCAAACCCCGAUUUUCUCUCUCUACAUCAUCAAUUCCUCCUCCCAAAUCCCUAAUCCCACCGCCGCUGAAUUCAAUUUUCCGGCCAAAACCGUCCAAAACGUCGUCGUUUUUGAUAAAGCAGAAUAAGGUUCACCUCCAAUUACGCCGGAGUUCGUUGAAUACUGAGAAAACCCCACAAAACCCACCUGUUAUUUCCUCGACUUCCGAGGAAAAGGAGCUUCUUGGCGACGGCGGCGGCAGCGGCGGCGGUGGUGGAGGAGAAGAGAGGGACUGGACGACGUCGUUUCUGCUGUUUGCUUUCUGGGCUGGUCUCAUGUACUAUGUUUUCUUCCUUGCUCCUAACCAAACACCGACAACAGAUAUGUAUUUCUUGAAAAAGCUGCUGAAUCUGAAAGGAGAUGAUGGUUUUGUAAUGAACCAAGUAUUGGUGUCUGAAUGGUACAUCAUGGGUUUAUGGCCAUUGGUCUACAGUAUGCUGCUCAUUCCAACUGCCAGAAGCUCGAAAAGCAAAAUUCCUGUGUGGCCUUUUGUUGUUCUAUCGUGCUUCGGAGGUGCAUAUGCUUUGAUCCCCUAUUUUAUUCUCUGGAAUCCACCGGCCCCACCUGUUGAAGAAUCCGAGCUUCGGAAAUGGCCUCUCAAUUUCCUUGAAUCGAAAUUAACUGCCGGGGUUACAAUGGCGGUAGGCCUGGCUAUAGUCGUUUACGCAUUUUCGUCCGGUGGUGAUGUGUGGAAGGAAUUUUACCAAUACUUUCAAGGAAGCAAAUUUAUUCAUGUGAUGAGUAUUGAUUUCAGUUUGCUUUCGACUUUUGCGCCUUUCUGGGUCUACAACGACAUGACUGCUCGGGGUGGCAAAAGCUCUUGGCUUCUUCCUUUAUCAGUAAUUCCGUUAGUGGGUCCCGCCCUCUAUCUUCUCCUUCGACCUUCGUUAUCGGUUGCUCCAACAACACCGAAACCAACAUCCGACGAAAAGUAAUGCAACUUUCGUGCGAAUGUUUUAUUUUAUUUUUCUCGACGAGAAGAAGAUAUUUGUUGCUCUGUGAAGCAGAGUUAAAAUACAAUAAAUCAUAUUGUUCAUAACAGAGUUAUAGAUCAAUAUAUACAGAAAAGAUGGAUGGAUUGUAUAGAAUCAACCUUUUCUUUACAUCCUAGUAUUUAUUUGUCUUAUUACUAGGUCUUCCCCUGUCUUAUCGUGUUCCGAACUCCGAUUUAAAUGAUUCAAGUUGGGUUAGAAAGCCAAGUGAAA